GUCAGAUAUAAUGUGCAUUACAUUCAGUCUACACAAUUUCGAAUAAAUAAAUUCAGGUUAUUUUCAAUAUUCUUUAAGAUAGUUCCGAUAAUUCCUGAACAAAGCAAAUUGAAAACUGACUGGACUAUAAAUCGAUUAAGCUGUCAGUUUUUAAACAAAAAGUAAAAAAAAUUAUUGAAUUAUAAAAUGUACUUACAUACCUUUUUUUUUUUAAAUAAAAUACUUUUAUAGCGUAAAUAGCUUUUUCUUACAAUGCCUUUUUAUUCUGCACCAAAAUUAGCAAUUAUUGUUUGUAGAAUAGCGACGUGCAAUCUCAUAUAUAAACCUUGGCGAUGGUUGCAACACUCUCAGUACGACUCUAGUCGCUUUGCCGCUUGGAGCAGGCGCGUUUGACGUCGCCGGCCACACGGAGAGGGCGAGAGAGGUUCAAUUCGAAGCAGCUGAAGAGCCAAGCGUAUCAUAGACAUGUGGACCGAGUGAAUGCAGUGUAUAGUGACGUAAUAAGUGUACAAUCUCUUACGAAAACAGCAACGCAACGUGCUGGUGACAAAACGUAAACAAUGGAUACGAAAAGCUCGAUUCCGUCGACGCAUGAAUGGCAUAUUCCUCGCCCCUCUUUAUCGAGCAGUAGCGGAUCCGGUAGCAUCAACGAUUCACGAUCUCGUGGCGGCUCCGCCUCCAGCCAAGGCUCUUCUAGCAACCAUAGCACCCACAGCGUUUCGUCGGGUUCAUUGUUACUCAGCGCGGCUCACUUGGCACGCAUGAGUGGACGGAGCAGCAACACUGAGGAGCUGGGUCCGUAUCAUAGCAAGUUCGGCGGCUAUGAACGCAAGUACGCUCUUCCAGAAGCAGUGGUCGCGAUUCCCGAGGAGCCACACGAUCACAACGAAUCCAUUUGGAGUGGCGUGAAGACGGAAUGCUCGCGCGACCAAGACGCCACUUCUAUAGCUAGUUCAACUCACUUCACAGUUGUAAAUGGUUAUACGAAGCAAUGUCCGAACAAGGAGAACAAAUCCUGCUGUUGUAAUCACUCGCACCAGAUAACCGUCCUUGUGAUAACGAUGACUAUAUUGUUCUCUGCGUGUAUACUGGCAGCGAUAUGCUUUGUCGAAAUGCGAAUGCGCAAGGAGACCGGCAUGUACAAAUAUUCAUAAGUUUCAAAGAAGACCAGAACUUUGAAGUUUUUACCAGCUUAUUAGUUACUAUUUGGUCGUAGUUUAACAGCAAAUGUUUAGAUAAUUUUGAUACACGAUGUUUUAAAUUGAAAAAAAAAAUUUCGUUAUAUUGUGAACUAUAUUCUUUCAGAAUUUCAACAAGCUGUUUUGUUUUAUAUAAGCAACUACGUAUAUUUCAUGAAUUAGUGCAAUAAAAAUCCAGUUUACUGGAAUUUAGGUAAAUAAAAUUAGAAAAAGCCUAUUAUUUAUUGUAACUUAAAGUUUAGUUGUUUUUUUUUUCAUUAAUUUAAUCUUAGUCUAAACUUUGAUGUACACGGUAUUUUAUUAUUAGUGUAAAUUGUUAGAAGUUUAUUUUAUUCAUAUUGACGAUUAGUCUAAUUGUAUCUCAAAUUCAAGCUAUUUUAAUAUACCACAAUAGUUUUUAAGCAAUAAGUAAUUUUAGUAACGACACUGCAUUUGCAUCAAUGUUCUGAAAAAUAAAAUUUGCAUUUUUUCGUAAUUUUCAUGAAAAACUGCAACUUUGAUGUAAUUUUCGCCAGCGAAUGUAGUAAUUUUAUGUAAUAUUAAUUGAUAUUCAAGUGAACAACGAUUACAAUGAAACACGAAUUUGUUACAUAUUUUGAACUGUGAUAAUGAAACAAAAUAAACUAUUAUUCAAA